AUGGAUCUCGCCUACGACCAUAUCCAGGAGCAGUCCUUCCCCCAGGACAAUGAGGGCUCCUCCGACAACAACGACGGCAACAAAACAGAGCAACACUCAACACUGAACAACGACCUGCAAGAGGCUUAUCGAGCCAUCUCCACCAGCCCUUGGGGCUCAAAGAUUGGUGGUUUCUUCGGCAGUGUUGUCAAGCAGAGCGAGUCGGUCUACAGAGAAGCCCAGCAAGAGCUCACCUCUGUGGGGCAUGACGCCACCCGGGGAUUCUCCGACCUCAGGGAUUCAAUAAUCAACCGGACGCGAUCUCUCUCGCUGACCACCUCGCAGGCGCCGACGAGUGAUCAGGCCCCCGAUGAAGCGGAGGAGAAAGACAAGGAUACCACACCAACAACUUCCAAGGGCAUGUCCUCGGAUGAGGCCUUGAAAGAGUCGGAGACAGUGCUGUCGAGACUUCGUGUCGAGGCUGCUAAGCGACUCAAAGAUUUGCAGAAGGCUGAGGAUGCCGCAGAUGAGGCUCUGUUGAAGUUCGGCUCCAACCUCCGGAACUUCCUCCGAGAUGCCGUUAGCAUUGCCCCCCCGGAGGACGGGUCUGACGGCCAAAGUUCAACUGUCAUGUUUGAGAGCAAAGACGCCCAAGGAAAGCGGGUUAUCCACACCUCACGCUUCGACGCCCAGCUGCAUGUCAUCCAUACCACUACCGAUAACUUCAUCAAGGACCCCACUGGAUCCGAAUUCGACUCGUGGUCAGAGGGCUUUGACAUUGAUAAGAAGACUAUCGACAUAAGCAACGACUUGUCAAAGUACCCUGAACUCAGACAGACUAUGGAGAAGUUGGUACCGGAGCAGAUUCCGUAUGCCGAUUUCUGGAAGAGAUACUACUUCUUGAGGCACAGCGUUGAGACUGCAGAGGCCAGGCGGCGGGAUCUACUGAAGGCGGCUUCCGCCGAGGAGGAAGUCGGGUGGGAUGAGGAUUCUGAGGACGAAGCCGCGCCCGGAAAAACGACGGCCAAGACAGGGCGACCGGAGUCCGCCCAAUCGUCAACCACGAUCCAUCCUCCUGCCGACCGUGGUCUCCUAAAGCCAUCGGAAUCACGGAAGUCGAAUGAUGAGAAGUCGCAAGCUGAUAGUGAUGCGAGCUAUGAUGUCAUUGGAGCCGCUUCAGGCAACCCCAGCCACGCACCCAACAGCCCCAAGGAGUCCCGAAAGGGCGAUGACAGCGAGGAGGAGGACUGGGAAUAA